AUGACAAGAGUUCUCUGCUCCGCCCCAGGCUGCACCAAGCCCGGCGGCCGCCGAUACUGCACGCUCUGCCUCAUCCCUAAUAAAGCAGCCAUCUACUGCUCCUUCCUAUGCCAACUCGACCACAGAAUCGAGCACCAGCGCACCUGCCGCGGCUCCGAGCUUGCGAACUGUUUCUUGAUCCGCGCCACGCCCGCUCCUUCUGGGAAACAGGAAACCGACGCAGACGCUAACGCCGAUGCCGUCGAGCCCUGUACGACGGGGUGGUAUUGCGACGCGGCUACGCAGACCAUGAAGCUUGAGGUUAGAGAGGACGGGCGGUUUGCGGAAGAGGUUGGCUUGUUCUAUACGCACCGCGAGUACGUGGAUUGGUGUUAUGAGGUCUAUGGAAGGUUUCGGUUUGGUGUGCGUGGUGAGGACCUGGGGGCUGAUCAGUUACCGUUGAAUACGCUGGCGAGUCGCUGUAUGGGAUGGAAGGUGUAUGGGGAUGUGGUGGUGGUUAGGUCGGAGGAUGAGCAGUCGCGCGGCACCUCUGAAUUCUUCUCGAAGGGGGAGCUAUUGAGCACGAUUGCGUUCUAUCGAGAGGUGGAUCCGAAGAUUUGGUUCGCGAAGAAAGAGGUGGCGAGGAUUGGGGCUUUGUAG